AUGGCUAAUGUAGUCGAAAAGACUCGUGAAAAGCUGGAUAAAGUAAAAACAAGGCUUGGGAGAACAUUAGGAACUCCAAUGAGAUUAAGAGAUUUAAUUCGAUUAAUAAGAACAGCUAGAACAGCAGCUGAAGAAAGAAGUUUAGUGGAUAGAGAAAGUGCUAAUAUUCGUGAAGCAUUACGUGAUAAUGAUAAUCAUUGGAAAGGAAGAAAUGUUGCUAAACUUUUGUAUAUUUAUAUUCUUGGUUAUCCGGCUCAUUUUGGACAAAUGGAAUGCAUGAAAAUGUUAGCAAUGCCUAGGUUUACCGAUAAAAGAAUUGGAUAUUUAGGAGCUAUGCUUUUAUUGGAUGAAAGAAGUGAAAUUCAUUUACUUGUAACUAAUUCAAUUAAAAUUGAUUUAACUAAUUCAAAUCAAUACAUAACAGGUUUAGCUUUAUGUACAAUGGGCUCUGUAGGUUCUUCAGAAAUGUGUAGAAACUUAGCUACAGAAGUUGAAAAGUUAUUAAAAUCAAGUAGUGCUUAUACUAAGAAAAAAGCUGCUUUAUGUGCUUAUAGAGUAAUAAAAAAAGCUCCAGAAUUAUUAGAAAUAUUUAUUCCAGCUGCUAGUCAAUUAUUGCACGAAAAAAGUCAUGGUGUAUUAAUUUCAGGAAUGACAUUGAUAACAGAAAUGUGUGAAAUAUCACCGGAUGUUAGAAAUCAUUUUAGAAAAUCAGUCCCUACAUUAGUUUCACUUUUAAGAAGUCUUUUAUCAAAUAGAUAUUCUCCAGAACAUGAUAUUAACGGGAUUGCAGAUCCAUUUUUACAGGUUAAAAUUUUAAAAUUACUCAGAAUUCUAGGAAAGGAUGAUGCAAAAGCUAGUGAUGCAAUGAGUGAUGUUUUAGCUCAAGUAAGUACUAACACUGACUCAUCGAAAAAUGUUGGAAAUGCUAUACAAUAUGAAACUGUUCUAACAAUAAUGGAAGUAAAAUCUGAUAAUGGUUUAAGAGUAUUGGCUAUAAAUACUUUGGGAAGAUUUUUAUUGAAUGCUGACAAAAAUAUACGUUAUGUUGCUCUUAAUACACUUUUAAGGGCUGUUGAUAUUGAUAAUCAAGCAAUUCAAAGACAUAGACCAACAAUUGUAGAAUGUCUUAAGGAUCCUGAUGUUUCAAUACAAAAAAGAGCUAUGGAAUUGUGUUUUGUGUUAAUCAAUAAACAAAAUAUUACACAAAUUGCUCAGGAAAUAUUAAAUUUUAUAGAAAAAGCAGAUCCAGAAUUUAAAGCUGAAUGUGCAUCUAAAAUGUAUGUAGCAACUGAACGUUUUUCACCUAAUUAUGCCUGGCACAUAAACACAAUGAUCAGUGUUCUUAAGAUAGCUGGUAAUUAUGUACCUGAUGAAAUUGUCAGUUGUAUGAUUCAGUUGAUUUCUUCACAAAAUGAACUUCAAUCAUUUGCUGCAUUAAAUCUUUUCCGUGCAGCAAAUGAAGAAUCAUCAAUAAAAUGUCAACCGUUACUUCAAGUAGCGUUUUGGUGUAUUGGGGAAUUUGGUGAUCUUCUGUUGUCUGCUGUUGAUGAUAAUGGAGAUGGCGUCUCUCCUGAAGAUGUUAUUAAUUUAUUUGAAAGAAUACUACCAAGCAGUUUAAUUAAAAACUCAACUAAAGGAUAUGGUUUAAUUGCUUUAGCAAAAUUAGCUAUAAGAUUUGAAGCUUAUGAUAGUAGAAUUAAAGGAUUAAUUAAUAUGUAUACAACUCAUAUGAAUAUGGAAUUACAACAAAGAGCUGUUGAAUUGACAAAUGUUUUAAGUAGGACAGAUCUUAAAACUGGAACUCUUGAAAGAAUGCCAACAAUAACUUAUAAUUCUUUGAAUGCUGCAGCUGCUCCUAUUGAAAGUGAUGAGCGUGAAGAUAAUUUUAUUCCUCAAAAUGGUGUAUCUGAAGAUGUAAAUUUACUUGGAUUUGAUUUUACAUCUGAUUCAGCUCCACAAUCAAAAGCUGAAGUUGGAACAUCAUCUGUACAAAAAGAUCUUUUAGAUUUAUUAGGUGAUGGAAUUCCUCAAAUUCAACAGAAUACUUCUAAUAACAAUAUGUUACUUGAUCUUUUAGGUGGUAGUAAUUCAACAGUUACAAAACAAAAUGGCACAGAUUUAUCCUUUGUAAAUAUUGAAACACCAGCAAAGAUUGUUAUAAAUCAAGCUGGAAUGGAAGUUCAAAUGAUGGUUGACCAGAAGUUUGGAGAUUUUGCAUUACUUAGAUUUAUAGCAACGAACAAUACUCCUCUUCCUGCAAAAAAUGUACUUUUCCAGGUUGCUGCUACAAAAGCAUAUAAAAUUGAGAUAAUGCCACCAUCUGGUAAUGAAUUAGCUGGAUGUGGUGAUAAUACAAUAACACAAAUGUUAAAAAUAAUGAAAGUUCCAAAUGCACCAGCAAUGUCUUUGAAAUUAAGACUUAAAUUAGAAUAUAUUUUACGUGAAGAAUCAAAAGUACUUCAAACGGAUAUUUCAGACUUUGGUGAUAUUGGAUUAUAA